UACAUUUCACUACACUCCACCCCUCUCUCAUCUCCAUCCAUCCAUCCUCUUUCCAGGCCGGCCACAUCUGAGAGAGACGCCUACUCGCUACUCGGAGCUCGAUCGGAGCUUGGAGGCCGUAGCAAGAGGCAGGCAGCACGGGUGCUGGCGGUCGCUGUUGGUGGCGGGUGGAGGUGGUGGCGGUUACGGUGGAGAAAGGCGCGGCACCAAUCGGGAAAGGGCACGAGGAGAUCCAGGGCUCCCCGGAUUUCGGCCCCCAGACUUUGCCCGCAAUCCAUCCGCCCUUUCCGCCCCUCCGCGCGUGUCCCUCUCCCCUAGCUUCCUCCCAGGCGAAAGCGAGACGACGAUCAGCUAGAGAAGCCUGGGGCCAGCCUAUAUAGAUCAACCCAAACUACCUACGGGUUGGUGUGGUAAGACUCUAACAUAGACCCUCUUGUUAUCUGUCUAGCUUCUCUUCGGUGCCCUGCCUACGCUCCUGGGUAUAAAUUCAGGCGCUGCCUCGGCACUGCAUGGGCGAAGGGUGCUUGCUCUCUGUCGACUCUCUUGGGAUCGAGAGUUCGAGAUCGAGCACGUCGUGCAAGGUCGCCAACUGAUUAAGGUGCUUCUCCAGGGGCGGGCUCAGCCGAAGAGAAGACGACGAGCAGAAGAAGAAGCCUGUGUGUGGUAGAUUCAGGCGUACGAGUCAUCAGGCUUCUCUUCUUCGUACUGUGCAGUUCACUCUGACAGUGGAACAGGAUGGACACUUUCUCCCAUGUUCCCCCGGGUUUCCGGUUUCAUCCGACUGACGAGGAGCUCGUUGAUUACUACCUGAGGAAGAAGGUGGCAUCGAAGAAGAUCGACCUUGACGUUAUUAAAGACGUCGAUCUGUACAAAAUCGAGCCAUGGGAUCUCCAAGACAAGUGCAAGAUUGGUAUGGAGGAGCAGAGCGACUGGUACUUCUUCAGCCACAAGGACAAGAAGUACCCGACGGGCACCCGCACCAAUAGGGCAACGGGCGCCGGGUUCUGGAAGGCGACGGGAAGGGACAAGCCCAUCUACAUCAACAACUGCCUCGUCGGGAUGAGGAAGACACUCGUCUUCUACAAGGGCCGUGCGCCCAACGGCCAGAAGUCCGACUGGAUCAUGCACGAGUACCGCCUCGAGACGAACGAGAACGGAGUCACACCCGAGGAAGGAUGGGUGGUCUGCCGGGUGUUCAAGAAGCGAGUGGCAAUGGUGAGAAGGAUGUCAGACAUUAGCUCGCCUUGUUGGUUCGACGACAAUGGCACUGGCGGUGUAUUCAUGCCGGACCUUGAUUCACCGAGGCAACUAGGGUACCAGCACCACCAUUCCCAAAACUCAGCGGCGUACCACAGCCAGCAGCUGUACCACUGCAAGCCGGAGUUGGAGUACCACCACCUCCUGCCACAAGAGGCCUUCCUGCAGCAGCUUCCUCACCUGGAAAGCCCCAAGCCCCCAGCCUACAUCGGCCAUGGCAGCAGCAACCUCCUGUCGCCGAACAGCAGUCUCUUUGUGCACGGUGGAGCAUCCAUGUCCACCGGGCAGCAACAGUCGAUGGAUCAAGCACUUUACAUGGCUGCCCCAGAUGGCGACACAUCGGCCACUGAUUGGAGGCUUCUCGACAAGUUUGUGGCGUCCCAGCUGUUCAACCAUGGCGAUACGAAUCAGAAGGACUCGGCCAAUUACUCCAAUCCUGCGGUGCAGGUGUUUCAGGCUGAGAACAAGCAUGAGGAGGACUUGGAUUACGCUUCCACGACUGCUGGCUCCAGCAGAGGCGAGGUGCAUCUGUGGAAAUAGCUUCCAAACACAAAACACUCCAUUGGAUACCAUAUACAAUUUAUACCAUCCAGAUCUGAUCUAGUGUACAAAUAUAGCCGACCAUAUAUGUCAUGAUUUAUCAUGGUAUAUAUGCAUACAUAUACAUAAUAAAUAUAUAACCGAAGUGGUUAUGUAUUGUAUAUUAUUUGACAUCAGGUCUCCGGCCUGAUGCUAAUAAGGUAGCUGAAAGCCGAAGCCAAGGGGCUUCAGUGACUGACUUGACCAUUUUGUAAAAAUAGUCAAGCUGUUGAUGGACGUCUAUUUUGUCCAGUCCAUCAGUCAAAAUGGCAGCUAUGGUCGCUGCGAAUGCCGAUGCAUCAACAAUGUUUAUCAACUCUACAGAUGUACCAUGUAUCUCAAUUCACUGAAAUGGAA